GGCCGGAUUGCAUACCCUGUCGUUAUUCCUCAACGGCGACCCGGAAACAAACAGCGAGGAUUUAUGAAGGCCUAUGCUCCGAUUUUAUCCCAAUGUGGCAUCAGUGAAGAACAUUUUCACGACUUCAUUGAUGCUCUAAACAAAGCGAUCCAAGUUUCAAAAUGGGUUGCUGCUGUACAAAUUGCAGCAUUUGGUGCUUCUUUCGUCCCGAAUCAUAUUUCCAUGGGAGCGACAGCAGCAGUGCAGGUGGCAUCCGUUAUUGCAGCAAAAGCGCAAAUUAGAUGGAAAGUGAACUCCUUUCUGGAUCAGGUGAAUCGAGAAUUAUUCUGUCCUCGUGGGCUCUAUUGUGUGAUUGUGAAAUACAACCCUGUCCCAGUGAAAGAGCAAGGAGAUAUCACCACCAUGAUAGGCGCAUCAUCCUCUCACAUAGAUUCUACCGCAUCACCGAUGAAAUUGCAUAAAAAAGUUGCAGUGAAUUUGCGCAAUCCAGUCUCCGCCACUACCGAAGGGGAACAAAAUUUGCCAACAGAAUGUGCACCUCUGAUAUUUUCAGAGGAGGAAAAUGAGGAUACAAAAGUGAAAACGAAAGUCAAGCCUUGGAACAAAAUAAAUCAAUACUUUGAUAAACGCGCGCGGGCAAGAUAUGCCGCUGAAAGCAAUAAUGACACCCUUUCUACAGCUCCGAGCCCAAAUUUCAAAAACCGUUUCCUCGAUCCUAAUCAUCCAGCUGCCAACGGAGGUCUCCUUGGUUUAGUCUCGGGCGGAUACCUUACAAGGGACCGAAAGAAGGCAAUGGAAGACAUUAAA